AUGCAGGCGGAGAAGAUGGAGGCUGACCCAUCCGAAACCUUCGGCAACCCCUACAUUCGAGAACUCCUCCUUGAGAAUGUUGACCAAAAGGCUAUAAUUGCUCGACUUAACACAACUGUCAAGUGCAACUCAACUCUUGGGUCGGAAGAACCCUGCGAGGAGUCAACUACGUCCGGAUCAUCCUUGAACGAUACUGCAGCAGACUUUCCCACACCUCCGAACCGAUUAGCCUCGGUAGCGGGGAUUCCAGACUACGCCAUCACGUUGGGUGCGUUUGAUAUGGGGAGCUUUUCUAACGUGACACUUCAGAACCAGACAACUCCUGUAUCUGUUAAUAUCAUGGCUGGUCGGGGGUGUGACUUUAUUAUUCUUGAUAUCGUGGAAGCUCUUUAUCAAGACGGGGUUAUCAGAGAAGUCAAAACUGGAGCUGAACCUUGA